AUGAAAUCCUCUCAAUCGCUCGUCGCGCAGCUCCGCUGCGUCGUCCUUUCGCCUCCAGUCCCGCGAUGCGCCGUUCGACACAAUAUCCGGAAUAGAUUUGGUAUUCGCAACUAUUCUACGAUCAAGAAACCAGCUCCAUCAAAACUAGUUCCUUCCAAGGCGACGUCUCUGAAACAAGCUGCCCCUAAAGUCAACGCUCCUCCAAGGAAACCUGUCAAAGCCGUGGCAGCAAAACCAUAUACACCCUCCCAGACUUGGAAACCGACUGCUCAAAAGGCUGCGCCGGAAAAUGUCCUCAUAUAUCAUGCUGGAACUGGCAAGAUAGUCUUUCUCGGCAUGCUGCGUACGGCAACCAUAUUCGUCGCGGGCGUGUCUUCCAUGAUCAUUGCACCGGCCUUUUUUGCGGAUGAAUUUCCCUCAUAUCUCGCACCGCUGAUUGUCAUCGGCGGCGCACUCCCCCUCAUAUUCGUCGCAUACACUACAGCCCCCUUCGUAAACAACAUCUACAUCCACCUCCCCAUCUUCGCUCGCAAAUCGCGCGAAGCAGCACUAGAAUACGUCAAGAAUCUCCCAUCGAGCGCUACACUAUCAAUUCGAACCAUGAAAAUCACCACAAUCCCACGCACGACAGAGGUGCGUAUAUCAGAUCUUGUGCCUGAUAAAGCGCUCUUGCGACCUGUUUCGUUCAGAAAUACGUAUUCGAUGGGUUGGGGGACGUUGAAACAGUUUUAUGCGUCGCCUACGAGUAAGAAUGCGCGCGCGACGCCGAAGUUUUAUCCCGAGUUGUGGGAUCAUAUAUAUACAAGGAUACGGAGCCAACGGGCCAAGUGA